GCGUUUUACACUUCCAGUGCGUGUGGGAGCGCCUUUGGUUCGUAAUCCUCACCUUCACUUUCUUCCUGACCCUCAUCUGGUUUUAUUUCUGGUGGGAAGUUCACAAUGACUACAAUGAAAUCAACUGGUAUUUCUAUAACCGAAUGGGAUAUUGGAGUGACUGGUCUAUUCCAAUACUUGUAACGGCUGCUGCUGGCUUUACAUAUAUCACAACAUUAUUGAUUUUAGCACUAUGCCACAUAGCUGUGGGACAGCAAAUGAACCUACACUGGCUCCACAAGGUCGGUCUGAUGGUGACCUUGAUGGCGACUGUAGUAACCGUGUCUUCUAUAGCACAACUUUGGGAUGAUGAAUGGGAGAUGGUAGUUAUUUCAAUACAAGCCACAGCUCCCUUUCUGCACAUAGGAGCCCUGGCUGUUGUCACCGCCCUGUCUUGGUUGAUAGCUGGACAGUUUGCAAGAAUGGAAAAAGCCACUUCACAGAUGUUGAUGUUCACUACGUACUUUGCCGUCUUAGUUGCACUUUACCUCAUUCCCCUCACUGUCUCUUCCCCUUGUAUAAUGGAGAAAAAGGAUCUGGGACCAAAACCUGCCAUCAUAGGCCAUCGCGGCGCACCAAUGCUGGCACCAGAAAACACUCUGAUGUCCUUCCAGAAAGCAGUGGAGCAGAAAACAUAUGGAGUACAAGCUGACAUAACGAUAAGUUACGAUGGCGUGCCGUUCCUUAUGCACGACAGGACGCUCAGGAGGACAACGAAUGUGAAGAAAGUGUUUCCAGAGCGGGCCAAAGAGCAUUCUUCCAUGUUCAACUGGACUGACUUGGAGAGGCUUAACGCAGGAGAAUGGUUCCUAGAGAGUGACCCCUUCUGGACGGCUGGCUCCCUCUCGGAUUCAGAUUACCUGCAAGCUGCCAACCAGUCGGUCUGUAAGCUGGCUGAUAUGUUGCAGAUCGCCAAAGACAACACGUCCGUGAUCUUGAACUUUCAGGACCUGCCCCACGACCAUCCCUACUACAGCACUUACAUCAACAUUACCCUGCAAACCAUACUGGAGUCAGGGAUCCAGCAGCAGGCAGUGAUGUGGCUGCCCAACACGGAGCGGCAGCUGGUGAGGCAGAUUGCACCAGGUUUCCGGCAGACUUCUGACAUCAAAGUGGACGCAGCGCGCUUGAGAGACAAAGGCAUCAAGCUGCUGACCCUGCGAUACACAAAGGUCACCCAUGAGGACAUCAGGGAAUACACCGCCGCGAACCUGAGCGUUAAUCUUUACGUUGUGAACGAGCCCUGGUUGUACUCUAUCCUGUGGUGUGCUGGUGUUCAGUCUGUCACUUCCGAUAGCUCACAGAUCCUUAGCAAGGUGCCUUUUCCCAUUUGGCUGCUGCCUCCAGAGGAGUACAAUCUAAUUUGGAUCACAGCGGAUCUCAUUUCAUUUACCAUCAUUGUAGGAGUUUUUAUAUUCCAGAACUAUCACAUGAUCAGAUGGCGCUUGGGAAGCAUACGGACCUACAACCCGGAGCAAAUCAUGCUCAGUGCUGCUGUCCGCAGGUCCAGUCGGGAUGUCAAAAUCAUGAAGGAGAAAUUGAUCUUUUCAGAAAUAAACAGCGGCAUGGAGAAUGCAGAUGACCUGUCAUUGUAUUCUGAAAACGGCUACUCCAAUGAGGCGAUCGCCCCCAUGGGUCGCCGGGACAUGAAGCUGCGUGUGGACUGAGGAAUUAUAGGCCCAUGGCACGACACCCCCCAGUGCUCGAUGUCUGGGAUGGGAGGGACACUUUAUGGAACUACUAAGUGUGCAGGGUCCCCUUCUCUUGCUCUUGUUGCUGGCUCCCGACACACCCUGGACUGUGAGGCUGGGGCAGCUUUUUGUAAAUAUGUAAAAAGUCCUUUUUUGGUCUCUUGUAUUUUGUGGGGGGUUGCCUGUAUUUCUUCAAGGGAGUGAGUGGGAAUAACUUGUGCAUUGAAACAGGAACAUUUUGGCUGAAUCUGAGGAAAUACUGAGGUGACAUCCUGGACACUGUGGCAGACAAGUGGGACGUGGAGUUUGUCUUCCCCUUGGUGCAGCAAUUGUUAGCUGAACUUGUUUAAAAACGAUGUUGUGAAGUUCUUGUGACGUGUCCUUUCUUUUUCUGGCUACUGAAGUUUUAAGAAGGCUGCUCAGAUCUUCCUAGCAGGAGGCAAGGUGUUGCUUCCAAAAAGUGUUCAGAACCAGGAGAAAGAAUCAGAUUGACUGAAUCCCUUCCAUGUGUUCCCCAGAAUAGUAGGACCAAGGCAUACAGGGAAUCAUAUGACACACAUGGCACAAAGUUUUAUGGCCUGUACUGCAGUCCUUCCUCCGUGAAAUCUCCCCGGGAAGCUCCUGACCUGAGUGAGAACCAAUGUUCCUUCUAAUUUUUUCUAUCCAUGUGUGGAAUAAAUUUUGUUAUAUGCACCAAGGCAUGUGUGGAUGUGUACCAUCAACAGAAACACAUGCUGCUGGUUGUAGGGCACUCUGCUAGUCAGCUGGGCAGCAUUUGAAUUUCUCCUGGGUGGCCACCCAAACACACAGCUUAUAGGGAACUUUGGUGAGGACCUUAAAUAGAUUCCUGGUUGGGAUUUCAUAAGUCAGUCUCCAUGAAAAGUCUUAAUUUCAUGAUCAUUAGCUAAGAGCACCACCUUGUCCAUCAUGCUGAUCCAGUGCUGACCACUUAGAAUGAGGGGGCAUAGUUUAUGUUAACCCUUAACUUGGUGGUGGGGCAGGGAGUUCUCAAUCAGCAGUAGGGUCGAAGCCUGUGUUUCUCAGUCGCAGGUCAAGCAGCUCAGCUUGAAGAACUGAAGCUUGACAAGGCAGUGAAGAAUGCUGGAUUGUAAAUAGUAAAGUAUAGAAUGAAGCUGGCUAGGAGAACAACUCAUUUAACAAGGGAGACUUUCUCCUUAACUCUGUUGUUGUGUGGAAGCAGUAUCUUUCUUUUUUUUUUAAAGACUGCUCGUUAAUUUCCUCCAGAGUGAGAAUGACGGCCAAUGAGGUGUUUGCACUGGAGAGGUACUACCAUUUGCUGCUUUUUUUUUCUUCAGUGGAAGAGGCUUUAAACCAAAAUCCUACAUUGAAAUAAAAAAAGCACAGAAAUUGAGUUGGAUCAGUAAUGCAUUUUUUCCCUCUUCCAAAUGUCAAUAUUUUUUCUCAGUCGUCAACUCCUCUCCCUCGCUCAAAACCCACACUGCCUCUCUCUUUUCACAAAUCACAGCUGAGCCACAAACAAAAAUCUAUGCAAUUGGCCUUUGGGGGCAUGUCUAUACUCACUCUUGAUCCACAAAACCUUUGUUGUUCAUGGGUGCUUUUAACCUGCCUCCCCAUCGCCCAUGAACAACAACACUUUGCUGCAGCAAUUGAAAGUGUGAACACCUUUUUGUCAGCAUGAGCGCUUUCUUGUCAACAAAGCAAAACCCGCUCAUUGGGGGAGGAAGUAUUUUGUCAGUAAAAGUGCGAAAAGCAGCAUUCACACAAGCUGGCUUUUAGCAACAAGGCUGUGUCGACUUAAAACUGCAUAGUUUACCCUUUAACAGUAGUUUUUCCCCUUCUCUCACUGAGAUGAGUCAGGUAUUAGGGUGUUUGUCUUUUUUGCUCUUUUGCCGGUUCCCAAGUCUGUUGCAGCCAGAAAAAAGACUCCCAUAGAUUUAAGUAGGCUUUGGAUUAAUCCCUAAUCUUCUGUGGUAUUUGUUAGUUUCACUUCUUUAUUGCCGCUUGGCUAACCUGGAAAUGUGGAAUAUGGGAAAUACCAUUGAUUGCUUCUUUUGAAGUUUGUCAGAUGCUGCCUUGAAAAUCAAUUGUGUGUGAAAUUUGGCUCCUGAUGAGGGGUUUGAGUCAAGUUUGAGAUUCUUCAAUCAAAAGAAGGUGAAUUGGGAUUUAUUUUCAGAGUCCAAUUACAAAGAAACUAAAGCCAUGGCAUUGACUUUGCUAAACAGAGAGCAAACUCUGUUUAAUAUUUGCUGCUAAAUUGUAUUGUACACCAAAUGUAGAGUGUUAAUGACUUUACCAAACCAAGCUCAGAAUAGAAAUAUUUUCAUUAAAUGAUUUCAGAAUUAUUAAGAAUGUAAACAUUCCCCAGCAGUGUUAGAAAGCAAAACCCAAAGGUGUUGUGUGAGGAAUAAGAACUGGGAAGUGAAAAUGACUAGAAACAAAAAGUGAAACUGACUGAUCUAACUGAAUGAAAUGCAAAAUGUCAACAGUGCCUCUAGGUUGUGGGAGAAAAAAAAUUGUUUUGUUUUUAAUAAUCAAAGAUGCUAUUAGUAACACAGGUAAGGAAUUAAAUAUCUUUAUAUGAUAUAAAUUCAUUGCUCAGUUAUUACCCUUUAGAUUCUUAUCAGGGUUACAUCCUGUAAAUCCAAAGCACAGCUAUUAAAAUAAUUUGAAUUGACUCUGAAUUUUUAUCAGUGUAGCUGGAAUCAGAAACUGGCUCUGGAUCUAUAGGUCACCCUCAAUACACUACCCUUUUUCAUGGUACUCUCUCAAGUCUGUGUGAAACAAGGUGACUUUCUGCAGAAGUGAAAGGUCUUAUAUAAAGUUGCUCUUCUUUUAAUUAUGGUGCAGCAUUGAAGCAUUGCUGACUGAUUGUCAUAUCAACUGAAAUACUGUUAAAUCUCUGCAUCUGUUGAUGAUUACCUUCAUGUUUGGUUUUUAUCCUGGGACAUGACUUUGUGGACAAGUCAGAAGCUUUUUGAAAAAGUUUGGGUGGGUUAAAAAAAUCCAACAAAACAUUGUUGACUAAACAAAGUUGAUUCACAACACAAAUUUUUACUCUUAGACCCUUAUCCUCCAGGUUAUGCAGUGAUUUUUACCACUGUCACCUUAAAGAUUUACUUUAUUUUUUAGAAAGUAUGAUAGUUUUCAAUAAAAAUAUUGAAAGACCAAAAUCACCACUACCCCCCUCCAGCGAGCUCUCUGUGAAAUAAACAUUCAGUAUUCCUCUGC